UCCCCUCCCCUCACUGAGACAGGCAGCAGGGUGGAGCAGCAGACGGACGGACGGACGGAUGGCAACCACAGCUGAGCGUGGAGGACUGAUGAUGGAUGGAGACUCUGCCCACGGACACCUGGGACAACAGGUGAUGGGAGAAAAAUCGAACGUGAGGGAAAAUGAAGAAGAAGAAGAAGAAGAAGAAGAUCGAAUGAAGGCCUCCAGGACAGCAGGGGGGGCUAGAGCAGCCAGGAUGAUCUCAGCCAGGAGUACAGAGUCAGUAGAGGGCGUCAGUAGUCCAGGAAGUCGUCCAUCAACUCCAAACAGAGACGUGAAGAAGGUGGCACUGGUGCGGACUCCUCCAAGAUCUCCUGGUGCUGCUCGUGGACGGAUGUCCCCACUCCCCGCCCACCCCAUGCCUGACUUCAGCAACGUGAGGUCAAAGGUCGGUUCCACAGAAAACCUGAAACACACACCUGGAGGAGGCAAGGUUCAGAUCAUGAACAAAAAGAUGGACGUCACUAAUGUGGCAUCAAAGUGUGGCUCUAAAAUCAAUAUUCAUCACAAACCAGGUGGAGGGAAGGUGGAGAUCAGAUCAGAGAAGGUGGAUUUCUCCACAAUUCAGUCCAAAGUCGGUUCUCUGGAGAACGUGACGCACACACCAGGAGGAGGAAGGAAGAAGAUUGAAAGUCAUAAACUGACCUUCAAAGAUGAGGCCAAAGCUCGGACUGACCACGGUGCUGACAUCAUCAUCCAGGCUGACUCCACCCCUCAUCACCCUGGCAACACCUCCUCCCCUGGAAGCCUCAUCGCUGCAGAAGCUCCGCCCCUCGACUAUCUGGCCAAUGACGUGUCUCAAGGCCUGUAACUGGCCCCGUCCCCUGCCGUUACCAAGGAAACGGCACGAUCAAAGAAAAGCUUGUGGUCAUCUUUACAGAACUAAGAGAACCGUUAGCCUAGCUUAGCAUUAAUACUGAAAACAGAUUAAAACUUUAGGCUGAGCUUAAAUGAUCUUAACUGUUUGAACUAAGCUAACUGAGUUGAACUGACCUGGUUCUGUACAUGGUCGCUGUAAACUAAUCUAAUAAACUAAACUAAAUUAUCUUAACUAAACUUAACUGAGCUUAAUGUACUUAACUGAGUUUAACUAAUACUGAUUAUUACUCAUUAUUUAGACCAUUCAGAAUGCUAAGCUAGGCUAAACCUCAAAGGCUAAUAAGAGUUUGAAAAUACCCAGAAUGCAGUUUGAUACCAGAUGCCUGUCCACUGUUGAUGUGCUUUGUACCAAUAAAGUUUCUUUUUGAUCCAAA